AAGGCGGCAGCUUUGCACGCCGACCGGCAUUUAGACUGCGGGGAGUUUGGUGAGUGUGUUUGCGCACGCGCAGCCGUUACUCGCGGUAGUUCUCUCAGAACCAGUCUCGCGCUUUAUACGUUAGCAUGUCGGGUCGCGGCAAGACCGGCGGGAAGGCCCGUGCCAAGGCCAAGUCUCGCUCCUCUCGGGCCGGGCUGCAGUUCCCCGUGGGCCGUGUGCACCGAUUGCUGAGGAAAGGCCACUACGCCGAGCGAGUCGGGGCCGGCGCGCCGGUGUACCUGGCCGCCGUGCUGGAGUACUUGACGGCCGAGAUCCUGGAGCUGGCGGGGAACGCGGCCCGGGACAACAAGAAGACCCGCAUCAUCCCUCGCCACCUGCAGCUGGCCAUCCGUAACGACGAGGAGCUCAACAAACUCCUGGGCGGCGUGACCAUCGCUCAGGGCGGCGUCCUGCCCAACAUCCAGGCGGUGCUGCUGCCCAAGAAGAGCGGCGCCAUCGCCGGACCCAAGGCCCCGGGCAGCGGCGGCAGCAAGAAGAGCACGCAGGCCUCGCAGGAGUACUGAGGCCGCCCGGCCCCGCACCAGACCCCUCCCCCCCACACCACAAAGGCCCUUUUCAGGGCCGCCUCCCCCCUCACUGAGAGAGCUGAUCCACACGCCCCUUCCUGGCUCCCCGGCUCCCGCGGGCCGGCGGCAGCCCCUGCCCUGUUCUCUGAUUCCUCCUCUCUUGGCAGCUACUAAAGAGACCCCGGGGCUGUCGCGCCCCAAGGUCACGCGCUGGGCCGCCCGCGUCCGCGUCCGCGCGGCCCGCCCGGGGGCCCUCGGACCAGCAGGGAGCCGGCCGGCCUUGGCGCCGUCCCAGCCAGGACCUCUAGCUUCUGAACUGAAUUUUCUCAGCCUAGACACAUUGCUUUCAUCCUGGGGAAGGAACUGGGGGAAGCGAGAGACUAUG